AUGGACGGCUCCAACGGCUUCUACGCCCCGGGCCCGCCGCUGAUGAACCAGCCGCCGCGCAUCUUUGGCAACCUCAAUGCGAACGGAUCGCCUAUUCCCGCAUCGCUCCCGGGCCCGAUAUUCAGCCAGGAUGACUUGGACGACGGGCACGACCAGGGCGACGCGAAGAGGCGGCGGAUUGCGAGGGCGUGCGACAUGUGCCGCAAGAAGAAGAUCAAGUGCGACGGCAAGAUGCCCCAAUGCACCCACUGCCAGAACUACAAGACCGAGUGCAUCUUCACCCAGGUCGAGAAGAAGCGGCAGCCGCCCAAGGGGGCCAAGUACAUCGAAGGCCUCGAGAACCGCCUGGCGCGCAUGGAGUCGCUGAUGCGCCUGUCUGGCGUGCUCCCCGAGGACGACGACGGCAGCACCGACCUUGCAACCUUAGAGAGGCGGCUGGCGGACCGGGCGAGAACGAACGGAACACCGAGAACACAGCACUCAGAGGACAGGAUGGCCUCCGUAGCUCCAACCACGGAGAAGGUAAGCGCCACGCCGGCACAGCCCGCCCUCCCGAGCCCUCGGAGCGGCACGACGUCGCCGGAGCCUCCGCGGCAGACGACCGAGGGCGAGAAGGAGGAGGAUGCGCUGGCCGAGAUGAUGUGCUCCCUGGUGACCAACAACUGCGGAGAGACGAGAUAUAUCGGCUCAUCCUCCGGCUUCUCCAUUUUCUCUCCCAAGGGCAUACAGUGGGUCAAUGACAAGACGGGCGACAAUUCCUUCCAGGACAUGAUCUCGACCGCCGCCAUCGAAGAUAACAAGUGGAUACAGUGGCGGCCAGACGUCUUCCAAGACAUCUUCAAACGACGUGUGUAUCGACAACUUCCGCCCAAAUCCGAGGCGCUGUCGCUGCUAAAGGACUACUUCGAGAACUUCAACUGCAUGUUUCCGCUCUUCCACGAACCCACCUUCAUGCAUCUUGUCGACAAGCAUUACUCAAAAGACCCCUAUGAAGGCUCUGGUUGGUGGGCGAGUUUGAAUGUCGCCCUCGCCUUUGCCCAUCGACUGCGCGUCAUGAGCAACCUCGUCCCGCAAGAGGAAGACGAAAAGGCGUGGCAGUAUCUGAAGAACGCCAUGAGCGUCCAGGUAGAGCUCACAAUGCGGAACACUGAUCUGCUCAGCGUGCAGGCUCUUCUCGGCAUCGGCCUCUUUUUGCUUGGCACGCCGAACCCUCAGCCAACGUAUUUCUUCGUAGGCGCUGCCAUUCGGCUUUCCCAUAGCAUCGGUCUGCACAAAAAGGGCUCAGGCUUCAACUUGAACGCCUCGGAAGUCGAGCAGCGCAAGCGCGUCUUCUGGAUUGCAUAUAUGCUUGACAGGGAUAUUUGCUUGCGAUCAGGCCGUCCGCCCAUUCAGGAUGAUGACGAUAUGAACGUAGAGCUGCCGAGUGAGGAUCCCCCCGACAACAUCGGUAAUAUUCCGCUUUCAGACGGCAAGGGAAAGAUGAACCUGUUCCGCCUCAUGUGCACUUUCUCUGUCAUUCAGAGCCAUGUGUACAGACGACUCUACUCCACCAAGGCGUCAAAGCAAACCGACGGCGAAUUGCUCAAUACUAUUGGCGAAUUAGAUAAGGAGUUGGAGACGUGGAAAGACGGCAUCCCACUGGAGUUCCGCCCAGAACACGACAUCAAGGCCUCGCAUACUCCUCUCAUCCUGCAGGUCGCGGUGCUUCAUCUCGGGUAUUACAACUGCUUAACGACAAUCCAUCGCAUGAGCGUCCACCACGGGUACUGGACAAGUCGGCUGUCGAACUUUGCCAUCCAGGGCCUGAAUGCUCGACCACUUAACCCGCGAGUCUUCAUGUCUGCACAGCUUUGCGUUCAGGCUGCCCGUGCUUCGAUACAUCUCCUCAAGUAUAUCCCGAAGGGCGACCCGUCUUGCGUGUGGCUCAUCAUCUACUUCCCGGUAACAGCCCUCGUCACCCUCUUCGCCAAUAUUCUACAGAACCCGCAGGAUACCCGAUCACGCUCUGACCUUAAGCUGAUGAAGCUCGUUGUCAAUUUCCUGAGCAUGCUUCAGAACGACGCGGGCAAUGGCAGCGUAAAACGCAUGCUGAGUGUAUGUGCUGAGUUCGAACGCAUCGCGACCAUUGUGCUCGACAAGGCGGACCGAGAGCAUGCCUCUAGACGCAAACGGAAGCAGGGCGAUAGCGAACAGGAUGCCGAGAUUGAAGCCACAGCGAAUGAGAUCCUAUCAACGAACCGCAACCCGCAAUCCCCGCCCCCUGCCUCAACCACGGCGGGAACACCUCAGAACCAGGGGCAAGACAUGAUAUUCAAUCCUGACUUUCAGGGCUUUAAUGAGCCAUUCCCGUUUUCCCCCAACUUUACCCACGCCUCCCUCCAGCCCAAUAAUAUGAGUCAGUUCGGCUCACCCGCGAUGACCUCCCGAAUGGUACAGCAUGGCUUGCCCAUGAGCACGGCUGGCGAAAUGCAAAACGGUGGAAUGAACAUGAACGCCAUGGCCAUGGGCACCUUCGACCAGACGUUCAACAAUGUCCCACAAGACCUUUGGAAGAUGCCCAUGACGCUCGAGUGGGACUGGGCGGACAUGACCGGAUACAAUGGCUUCGAAGACGGCAUAUCAAUGAACGGCGUCUUACCGGAUUUUGGGCACCAGACGAGUCAUGGGACAAGCGGGUUCAAUUCGAACGCCAUGAACGGGGGAAGGUGA